GCCAGGGCCUCUGUGCCCUGCAUCUAAUUUUAGGUCACCCCCCCUCCCUCUUUGGGUGUUUAUCAGCUCGGACGCCUCUUGCAAACAUGCCAGCAACCUUCCCAGCGGCCUGGAGGGAGCCUUCAGCUGUAGCAGGGCCAGUCUGCGGCUGGAGCACUGACCCCACCAUGGCAGGUGCCUCAGUGAAGGUGGCCGUGCGGGUCCGGCCUUUUAAUGCCCGGGAGAGCGGCCAGGAGGCAAGGUGCAUCAUCCAGAUGCAGGGCAAGAUGACCUGCAUCACCAAUCCCAAAACAUCCAAAGAUGCCUCCAAGAACUUCACCUUUGACUACUCGUACUGGUCCCACACCUCGGAGGAGGACCCACGGUUUGCCUCGCAACACCGGGUAUACCGGGACAUCGGGGAAGAGAUGCUGCUGCACGCCUUCGAGGGCUACAAUGUCUGCAUCUUCGCCUAUGGCCAGACUGGCGCCGGCAAGUCCUAUACCAUGAUGGGUCGGCAGGAGCCUGGGCAGCAGGGCAUCAUCCCCCAGCUGUGCGAGGACCUCUUUGCCCGCAUCAAAGCUGACCCGUCCCCUGAUGUGUCCUACUCGGUGGAGGUGAGCUACAUGGAGAUCUACUGUGAGCGUGUGCGGGACCUGCUGAGCCCACGGCGCGGGGGCAGCCUGCGGGUGCGAGAGCACCCCCUGCUCGGCCCCUACGUCCAGGACCUGUCCAAGCUGGCCGUCACUUCCUUUGAGGACAUCGCUGACCUCAUGGACUGUGGCAACAAGGCCAGAACGGUGGCUGCCACCAACAUGAAUGAGACAAGCAGCCGUUCGCACGCUGUGUUCACCAUCGUCUUCAGCCAGCGCCGACAUGACCAGCUCACUGGACUUGACACCGAGAAGGUGAGCAAGAUCGGGCUGGUGGACCUGGCAGGCAGCGAGCGGGCUGACUCCUCGGGGGCCACAGGCAUGCGGCUCAAGGAAGGUGCCAACAUCAACAAGUCACUGACAACGCUGGGCAAGGUCAUCUCCGCCCUGGCCGAGAUGCAAAACCCAAAGCGGAAGAAGGCCGAGUUCAUCCCCUACCGUGACUCUGUGCUCACCUGGCUGCUCAAGGAGAGCCUGGGGGGCAACUCCCGCACAGCCAUGAUUGCUGCACUCAGUCCGGCUGACAGCAACUAUGAGGAGACCCUGAGCACCCUCCGCUAUGCAGACCGCACCAAGCAGAUCCGCUGCAACGCAGUGAUCAACGAGGACCCCAACGCGCGGCUGGUGCGCGAGCUGCAGGCUGAAGUGGCACGGCUGCGUGAGCUGCUCUUCGCCCAGGGCCUGUCCGAUGGCCCUGGCCUGCCCGGUGUGAAGGUGGAGGAAGGCAGAGGUGCCCCGGCUGCCCCCACACUGCCCCUGGCGCCUGGCGCUGAGACCCAUGGCACCCUCAAUGGGGAGGCAGAGCCCUUCGCUGCCCUGCCGGGGCAGGCCAUGGGCACUGAGGAAGCCAUGGAGAGGCUGCAGGAAACAGAGAAGAUCAUUGCGGAGCUGAACGAGACCUGGGAAGAGAAGCUGCGGAAGACCGAGGCUAUUCGCAUGGAGCGGGAGGCACUGCUGGCUGAGAUGGGGGUGGCGUUGCGGGAGGACGGCGGUACCGUGGGGGUCUUUUCCCCUAAAAAGACCCCUCACCUGGUGAACCUGAACGAGGACCCCCUCAUGUCAGAGUGCCUGCUGUAUCACAUUAAAGAUGGGCUGACGCGGGUGGGGCAGGUGGGGGUCGACAUCAAACUGACAGGGCAGUUCAUUGCGGAGCAGCAUUGCAACAUCUGGAGCCGCACCACCACUACUGGCGAAGUGGUGGUGACACUGGAGCCGUGUGCUGGGGCCGAGACCUACGUCAAUGGGAAGCUGGUGACUGAGCCCCUGGUGCUCAAGUCAGGUAACCGCAUGGUGCUGGGCAAGAACCACGUCUUCCGCUUCAACCACGCGCCCCCCCCGGAGCCAGUGGACUGGAGCUACGCCCAGCGCGAGCUGCUGCGUGAACAGGGCAUCGACAUUAAGCUUGAGAUGGAGAAGCGGCUGCAGGACCUGGAGAACCAGUACCGGCGUGAGAAGGAGGAGGCUGACCUGCUCCUGGAGCAGCAGAGGCUGUAUGCAGACUCAGACAGCGGGGACGACUCGGAGCGGCGCUCGUGUGAGCAGAGCUGGCGCCUGCUGUCGGCACUGCGGGAGCAGCUGCCAGCGCCCUCGGUGCAGGGCAUUGUGCGGCGCUGCGGCCUGCCCAGCAGCGGCAAGCGGCGCGCCCCACUGCGUGUCUACCAGAUCCCAGCGCGGCGCCGGCCCCCCAAGGCCGCGCCACCUGGCCUGCCCGAGCUGCAGCUGCAGGCCGUCAAGGAGGUGUGCUACGAGGUGGCACUGGCUGACUUCCGGCACUCGGGAGCUGAGGUGGAGGCGCUGAGCGCAGCACGUCUGCACGAGCUGUGCCGCCGCCAUGGCCUGCGUGACCCCGCCGAGCACCAGAGCUGGCAGGCUGUGGCCCGGGACGUGUGGCGCACCGUGGGUGGUGGGCCCGAGGUCCCCUGUGGCACCGGACCCGAUAUGGCAGGGCUGCGGGCCCACAUCGACCAGCUGACUGGCAUCCUGCAGGACGUGCGGCUGCAGAAUGACCUCAAGGACGAGGAGAUUAGGGCGCUGCGUGACCGCGUGCUGCGCAUGGAGCGUGUCAUCCCCCUAGGCCAGGUGAGGUGCGGCUUGGGACCCUGGCAUCCUGGCCCCAGACUCGCCAGAUCCACGUAGAACCCAAGUGUCUGG